AUGAAUGGUAUAAUCGAAUACGACCAAAAACUCACAACAUUGCCAAAGUUUUUACUGAUUCACCAACUUUCACCGAAGAAAAACUAUUGGAACAUAAUAUUCAUUUUUACAACAAUUUAUUAUAUCACGAUUACAUUAAUUAUUCUGCAUUCAUUGCCACCGAAGACCAUAAACAUCAAUAUUAUUACCGUGUAUUUUAUUCGUUUAGAAUUCUUCAUAGAUGUUGCGGUAAUAUUUUAUUCGUAUUUUUACCUACAACAAUUGGAGUAUAGAUUCCAAAUGUUAAAUCAUUCGUGGAAAUAUCUUCUACCCGGGUUUCUAACCAACCCUGAGGAAUCGACACAUUCCUUAACAGAAAUAACGCUGGAUAAACUUCGAUUGUUACACGCUGAAUUAUCGGAUCUAUUAAGAAUAUUUAGUGAGGGUUUUGGAAAAUUGCUAUUGGGAUACUUUUUAUUUACUUAUAUGGUUAUGAUAGUUAAUUUUUAUUUUAUAAUUAUUUACACUCGAAAAAUAGUAGAAUAUAAUUUUAUCAAUAUUAUACAAAAAUGUAUGCCAUGUUUUUGGCAAAUCCAGAAUGUCACACUGAUUUUAUCCAUCAUCAUCGCUGCAUCACGUGUCCGUGAAAAGAAACGGAAGAUAAUAUCACAUUUACGAUUAAUAAGGAUUUCAAAUUUAUCAGCCAACCUAAAAAUACAAGUGAAAUUGUUUAUGAACCAAAUAUCAGUUCUUGAAUCAAGCGAAAUCACAGCUUUUGGAGUUUUUAACAUAAAUUUAAAUCUUGUUGUAUCAAUACUUGUAUUACUUAUAAUCGGUUUAGUUACAAUAAUACAAAUGCAAGAACAUCCAAUAAUGUUACAAUUAGAAGAGAAUUUACAGAUAUUUAUAAAGAAUAUAAAUAACAAAAAUAUUACUGUCUGA